AGAAUUAAAGUCAUUAUUGUGUUUCCAUGGAAACGUAUUACUGCAAUAAACGUGUUGUUGUAGUAUAGAAUCAUCCACAGGGUUCAAGAACUUUGUGUAAAGUGGUAUACGUAAAAGUAUAAUAUAAAAGGAUUUUGUAUUUGUGAUAUUACAAUGAAGAAAGCAAUAAUGUUUACAUUAUUUGCAUUCAUUGCAAGUCUGCAACAUGUUGACUCGGGAUACAUCCGGAAUGUCUACCGCCACCCAGAAGAAACAUUAAUAAAUAGACCUGCUCAUUACAGAGGACAUUGGCCAGUGUCUGAAACUUUGAAUGGUGCUAAAUAUGACACUCUACAGCACAGUUUUGAUAAUGGACAAGACAAACUCUAUCCUGAAGAAAGGUAUUCUGAAAGGGAAACACCAUUCCCAAGAAAGAUUAAAGAUGAUACCAUUAUCAACAGACAUGGUCGCAACUUCAGGUCUUCUCAAAAUGAAGAUGAGGAAGAAAACAACAGGAAAAUUGAAAGUAACAUUCAGUCUCGUAUUGAAGCUUUGAAAGAUGCUGUGAGAAAAGAGCUCAAUUCUGGAAGGGAAACACCAUUCCCAAGAAAUAUUAAAGAUGAUACCAUUAUCAACAGACAUGGUCGCAACUUCAGGUCUUCUCAAAAUGAAGAUGAGGAAGAAAACAACAGGAAAAUUGAAAGUAACAUUCAGUCUCGUAUUGAAGCUUUGAAAGAAACUGUAAGAAAAGAGCUUGCCAGAGGGGAAAUGACAAGAAGGAACGAAAAUGGACAACAUAAGAGGAAAGCAGAAGAACCCCUAUCAUAUAAGAACGAUGCAUAUUACAGUAAGCAAGGGCCAAGAAGUUUCCAGCUUGGACAAGAUGAACUCUAUUCUGAAGAAAGAGAUCGUGACAGGGAAAAACAAUUCCCAAGAAAGGAUGAGACAGAAAAUAACAGGAAAAUUGAAAGUCACAUUCAGUCUCUCAUCGAAGUUUUGAGAGAAGCUAUAAGAAAAGAGCUCUAUUCUGAAGAAAGAGAUUCUGAAGGGGAAACACAUUUCCCAAGAAAGAUUAAAGAUGAUACCAUUAUCAACAGACAUGGUCGCAGCUUCAGGUCUUCACAAAAUGAAGACAAGGAAGAAAACAACAGGAAAAUUGAAAGUAAUAUCCAUUCUCGUAUUGAAGCUUUGAAAGAAACUGUAAGAAGAGAACUGUAAGACAAUGUAAGAGAAAAGCAGAAGAACCCUUACUGCAUAAUAAUGAUGCAUAUGACAGUAAGCAAGGGCUAAGAAAUUUCCAUCAUGGACAGGAAGAACUCUAUUCUGAAGUGGGCCAUGCUCUUGGAGAGCCUUCUUGGCAGGAGGCCCACCAUCUUGACUUACCUGGGUUGAAUGUGGUGCAGCUCUCUUAGUUAAACUAAGAGACUGGAGAAUCUGCCAUUUGCUGUAACCGGUGUCCCAGGAAGUGUUCUUUAGGAAGAUUUAUUAAGUAGGAUUUGAGGUUCUCGUGACAGUGAGUAUGAAGAUGGCUGUCUUCUGGGUUGUAGCACCAUCUAGUCUGAUAGAAGUUUACCAAUGUUUCAGAGGUCCUUACCUCCAUCAUCAGGGCAGCAAGGACAUCUGAGACGUUGGUAAACUUCUACCAGACUAGAUGGUGCUACAACCAAAAGACAGCCUUGGCCCUGUGAUCCAAAGUGGAAGCAGAGGGUAUGUGGACGUCUUGUCCCAAAGAGCUGUCACGUCUCCUUUUUCCAGGAAUGGAAUAUGGCCAUCUGUUCAAGCCUCUCAGCCUCCAUGGUUAAUUGUUCAUUGGUGUGGGGAUGCUGCUGAAGUGCAGUAAGAACUCAUCCAGUUUCUCCUGCCCAUGUUUCCAGAUCACCUUCACCUUCACCAUGGAGGCUGAGAUGGCCACAUUUCCUUCCUGAAUUAUGAUGUUCAUGGGAGACCUCAUGAAAGGAUAUAGAGUAUACAGGAAACCCUCUAUCUGAAUGCCACAUCUCAUCACCAUUGCCAGGUGAUGAUUGUGCUGUCCACCCUGGCUCACAUGGCAAAGGCUAUCUGUGAUUCUGACAUUCUUCCAUUCAAACUAAAAUUCCUUCAUAACACCCUCUGAGACAGUGGUUACAGCAAAAUUUAUGGAUUUUCUGGAUACUCAAUCCACCUAAGCGAGCUCCACCGUCGUGCAGAGAGGAUCUAACUUCAGUGGCAACAGCAGGGUACUACCCAAAUACAAUGUCAAGGCAGUGGGCUUCCUGCCUGCCAAAAAAGCUCUCAUUUUCUUUGCCAAACAUGGAUAUAACCUGCCCCAAAAACAUCAGGUGUAUGCACCAUUCUCUCACUAACUGUGCAGUCAACACUCUUUGACUUUUGUAUGGAGACUCCCUAUUGGCUUGUACCAUUUCCCCUCUUGCCUGAUUGUCCCACGCCCUCAUUCUUCCACCAAUCAGAAAAUAUAACAGGCUCAAACUUGGUAGCAGUCAAAUUUACAACCAUUCAUCACUAAGCUGCCAUUAUAGCUCAGUUUAAGUAAGAUAAGGCAUGAUCUGUUGUAGAGGGCCUCGACUGGCAGACUUCUUGUAAACAUUGUACAUAUUAUGUUUGCCUGACAUUGUCACUUCAGGAGCAGUAUAAUGCAGAUUCAAACAAAAUAAAUUUAAAUUUUGUGUUA